UGCAGUAGAACAAAACCCUGCAUAAUAAUGGUUAUUUGAUUUUUAGUUCUGCGAUCUGCUAAGAAUUCCGAGCUACGACUUCUACCUUUCUAUGGCCGCUCCAUUCUUUUCUACACAUUUUCAACCUUUUGUUUAUCAGAGCCCACAAGACGCUGUUACACCUUUUCAGAUCUUGGGCAGUGAAGCUCAGAUAGUUCAGCUAAUGUUGAAGCCUCAAGAGAAGGUGAUUGGAAAGCCUGGUACCAUGUGCUAUAUGUCUGGGUCUGUCCAAAUGGAAAAUGUUUAUGCACCUGAAAAUGAAGCAGGUGUGUUGCAGUGGAUUUUCGGAAAAAGUGUGACGAGCAUAGUUCUCCAUAAUAAAGGUUCAGCUGAUGGAUUUGUCAGAAUUGCUGCACCGUCUCUAGCAAGAAUUAUUCCAGAUUGCAUCAUUAUUCAGAUAUUGGUUCACUAUAUUGACUUGGCAAUUUUUGGCGGCGAAAUGUUGUGCCAGCCAGAUGUAUUUCUUUGUUCAAUUAAUGAUGUCAAAAUCAAUAAUACAGUUGAUCCUAGGGCACGCAAUGCUAUUGCUAGUGCUGAGGGAUUUUUGAGGCAGAAGAUAUCUGGUCAAGGACUUGCAAUUUUAGUUGGGGGUGGUUCUGGCAGUAGGCCGUCAAGGGAAGACAAUCCAAAAAGAUUCAACAAAGUGAGGCAAAGGAGUAUACAGACAAAAAACGUAAGAAGAAGCCAUCAAUCUAUACAUACUGGUGAAAAUCUGGUAACUGCUGUUCUAACUGGACCUGGUAUUGUCUUUAUUCAAAGUAUGCCCUUCCAUCGGCUUUCUCAGCGCAUUGCUAGGUCCGUUACAUCUCCAAACAUGAGGGAAAAUCCGAAGUUUUUCCUUCAGAUAGCAAUCUUCUUCUUCCUAGCUUAUGUUGUUAUUUUGUCAUCGCUAAUCUUGACCGGUAUAUAACAUUUUCUUUUCUUCAUUUAAGGGUUGUUUGACAAAGCUUUUGAUAAAAAAAGAUAAAAAUAAAAAUUUAGCAGAUUUUGAUAAAAAUUGAUAACAUGAGUGGUUAAAAUUAACUCUUGGCUUUGAUCUCAACUUUUUAAGCUACACCAAACAAUCACUUCAUUUCUUUACAAUUUAAUUGAUGCUUUUUUACCUUCUCUGCCCCUUUGUGCACAUCUGCAUCAGUUUUAAGAUAUAAAAUAGAGGAAAACAGGGUUAUAUUAGUUUCAGAUGAGGAUGUAUCAUGAUUGAAUUGUGAAGAUUAAUAGUUUUCCAGUGUGAAAAGGAGUAGAUUGCAGCGGACAAUACUAAGCGAGAUAAAGCAGUAAAAAUUUUGUUAUUAUAUUAUCUAGUCUUGUUGUAUAUUGUGUAACAAACAUGCAUUAAAUAAAUAAAUGUUUGGAUUGGCUUAA